AUGACCCAGACAUCAGUCAGUGUAGAAAUGGCUCUCAUACUGUCGGUGUACGUGCCAAAGAUAGUACUUUUGAAUCGGUUUGCUAGCGACAUUCAUUACGCGUGGGAUAAACUGCUGAAACAUAUGAGAUUUGAUCCUGAAGUCCAGUCUUAUCCUAACUUUGGAGGAAACGAAACAGAGAGAGACCUUCCAUAUAAGGUGUCUUUGGAACUUACAUACCUUACACCGUACUUUGAGAUACUGUUUGUACUAGAGCUUGUUUUUCUAUACCACGACGGCGUGUGUUACAUGUCCAUGGAUAAUAUCUUAUGUAUCCUGAAUUUGCACGUAGCUGGUCAAUUUCGAAUACUUCAGCACAAAUUGGAGAAUCUACAAAGUGAGAGCAAGGAAAAGUUUAUCGAAAAUUGGAAGCCGUAUUCGGCGCGAUCAGAGGACGAGUGCUACGCCAUGUUUAGAAGCUGUGUACUGCAGCAUCAGGAGCUCAUAGCAUAUUGUGGCAAGCUUGAGAAACUGUUCAUGUUUACAUACAGCUGUGAUUGUUUAAUGCAUGACAGCAGAAAUGUCGCAAUGGCGAUGUACGGAGCUCCGUGGAACCAUCUGUCAAUGAACAAGAAUGGAAGAGCGCUGCGAAAAGACUUGAAACUUGUGAUUUUGAGAUCAAGAAAAUCUUGCUGCGUGACUGCUCACGGGUUCUUUCCUGUAUCUUUGGAAACAUUCACCAAGAUAGUGAGUACCGCAAUGUCAUACUUCACGCUAAUACAGGGGCAAGCAGUGAAUGCAACUUAA